AUGUACAAGCUAAAGAAAACCGAUGCUGAAACAAUCACCACUUCGCUGAAGGAUAUUUUGUUGCGAUGUAAUUUGACGAUAGACGACUGUCGGUGGCAAACAUAUGAUGGCGCAGCAAAUAUGGCUGGAAGCAGAAGUGGAGUUGCAGCCCGAAUAUCUUUAGAGAAUCCCCGCGCCCUGUACAUUCACUGCGGGAACCACAGUCUUGAUUUGGCUUUGCAUGAUUGUGUGAAGGAAAGCGGAAUUAUCAGUGAUACGUUGAAGUUUGUGCAAGACUUGGCCGUCUUUAUUCGAUCUUCACCAACACGAAUGGCGCAAUACCAGCAUAUCGCCGAAGAGAUUAACGACAACGGCAUGCAAGUUGAGAAUCCGCAUUUGUUGUGUCCAACUCGGUGGACGGUAAGAACCAAAGCAAUAUCGGCUGUCUUGCACAAUUACGAGGCCUUGUACUCCACAUUACUCAGCAUUGCCAAAUAAUCUUCCAAGUCUACCGUACGUGACACCGCAUCAGGUAUGGCUAGCCAACUGAAGAAGUUUUCCACGUACUUUGGUUUAAGUUUUGCGCAGAAUAUCUUUAGCGUUUGUGAACAAGUUGCAUCUACGUUACAGAAGCCUUCAAUAACGGCACAAACAACUGUUACUUGUGUCACUUCCUUGAAGACAAACUUGCAACGCCAACGAGACGACUUCCAUUUGUUUUACGACCAGGUAGUCACUUCGAGCAAGGCCAUCAACUUUGUAGACAAUCCUAAACUGUCAAGAGCGAAGCAACUUCCGCGGCGAUUUCAGCACGAAGAUGGUGAGCAACAUCAUUUCCAAUCCGCGAAAGAAUUCCACCGUGCCCAAUGUGUUGAGGCACUUGACGCAUGCAUGGCUGCACUACAGGAACGUUUCGAUCAAGAAAUAUAUUCUGUAUUGAUGAACAUCGAAACCGUGCUCAUUAAUGCGGCAAAUGGGCAUACGUUUGAGUUAAAUGAUGCAGUUAAACGCCUUUACGAAGAAGACCUCGAUUUUGAUCAGCUAAAGGCAGAGUUAAAGCUUCUUGAAGGAAUUAUCUCUCAGCGUCUUCCGGAAGUUAAGAAGGUGACAUCAAUUGACACCAUUACAUCAAUAUUCUCAACCGAAGAAACUGACUCAUCGCAGAUCGUCAUGGCAAUGUUUAACGUUGUCCGACUUUUGCAGAUUUACCUUCUUGCUCCAAUGAGCGCAGCCUCUGGAGAACGGUCUUUUUCAAGCCAGCGUCUUGUCAAAACGUAUCUAAGGAGCACGAUGACGGCAGCACGCUACAACAAUCUUAUUGUUAUGCAUGUAAACAAGGCCAGAACUGAUGAACUGGACUUAAGUUUGAUUGCUAAAGACUUUGUUUUGAAAAACGAACGUAGAGUUAGAUUUUUUGGCAAAUUUUAA